AUGUUAUUCAAUGUUAUUCAGUACAGUACCCUCCAUGUUAUUCAGUACAGUACCCUCCAUGUUAUUCAGUACAGUACCCUCCAUGUUAUUCAGUACAGUACCCUCCAUGUUAUUCAGUACAGCACCCUCCAUGUUAUUCAGUACAGUACCCUCCAUGUUAUUCAGUACAGCACCCUCCAUGUUAUUCAGUACAGCAGUACCCUCCAUGUUAUUCAGUACAGCACCCUCCAUGUUAUUCAGUACAGCACCCUCCAUGUUAUUCAGUACAGCACCCUCCAUGUUAUUCAGUACAGCACCCUCCAUGUUAUUCAGUACAGCACCCUCCAUGUUAUUCAGUACAGCACCCUCCAUGUUAUUCAGUACAGCACCCUCCAUGUUAUUCAGUACAGCACCCUCCAUGUUAUUCAGUACAGUACCCUCCAUGUUAUUCAGUACAGCACCCUCCAUGUUAUUCAGUACAGCACCCUCCAUGUUAUUCAGUACAGCACCCUCCAUGUUAUUCAGUACAGUACCCUCCAUGUUAUUCAGUACAGUACCCUCCAUGUUAUUCAGUACAGUACCCUCCAUGUUAUUCAGUACAGUACCCUCCAUGUUAUUCAGUACAGCACCCUCCAUGUUAUUCAGUACAGCACCCUCCAUGUUAUUCAGUACAGCACCCUCCAUGUUAUUCAGUACAGCACCCUCCAUGUUAUUCAGUACAGCACCCUCCAUGUUAUUCAGUACAGUAUCAAUGUUAUUCAGUACAGCACCCUCCAUGUUAUUCAGUACAGUACCCUCCAUGUUAUUCAGUAAGUAUCAAUGUUAUUCAGUACAGUACCCUCCAUGUUUUUCAGUACAGUACCCUCCAUGUUAUUCAGUACAGUACCCUCCAUGUUAUUCAGUACAGCACCCUCC